AUGUCAGCUUUCUGCCUCAAUCUGCACUCAUCUACAGCCGCGAUUUCAGCACCACAAGAGCUGGACAGCGACUGCAUGGAGCACUCGCUGGAUCACGGCAUCAAACCCCCUCAAGACUCGGGAGGGUUUCAGAGCCAUUCGCUGCUGUACGCUGGCCCCGGAGGCCUCGGGAUGGCACUAGAAGAAGAGCUUGCCAUGCUAACAGGCGACCGGGAGGAAAGCACCGACUUAACCGUCUUAGAAAUGCCUGUUAAUGGGCAGGAUCCUGACUUACUGUCGCUCUUCCGACAAAAAGAAAAGGACUUGGUUUUGGCUGCUAAGCUCGGCAAAGCACUGCUCGAGCGAAACCAAGACUUGACUAAGCAAUAUGAGAAAAUGAACAAAGACCUCAACGAGAAAUUGGAGCACCUGGAGCAGGAGAAGCACGAGCUGAGGAGGAGGCUGGAGAGCCGAGAGGGAGAGUGGGAGGGCCGCGUGGCGGAGCUGGAGACGGACGUGCGGCAGCUGCAGGGAGAGCUGGAGCGCCACCAGGUGCAGCUGCGCGAGGCCGACAGGGACAAGACCCGCGCCGUCUCCCAGCUGUCGGAGCAGAACCACCGGCUGCUGGAGCAGCUCAGCCGGGCUGCGGAGGUGGAGAAGCAGCUGUCCACUCAGGUCCACUCGCUCCGGGAUGACUUCCGGGAGAAGAGCCUCUCAACCAGCCAGCACAUGUCCCGCCUGGAGAGCCUGCAGGCGGAGCAAGGGCUAGAAAUAAAAAUGCUAUCCGAGCGCAAGAGGGAGCUGGAGCGACGAGUGAGCUCAGUGCUCGAGGAGAACGAAUUGUUGCAGACCACAGUCGAUCAACUGCAGGACAGGACGCUCGUACUGGAGAGACAGUGUCACGAAAAGGAUUUGCAGCUACGGCAGAGCCAGCUUGAGCUGCAGGAGGUGCGCGUUUCCCAUCGACAGCUUAGCGCACGACUGGAGGAGCUGAGCGAGGAGAGGGACCUUCAGGGCCUGGGUCCUCAGUCCGCCAGCCUGCUGUGUGAAAUCGAGCAAAGCAUGGAGCAGGAGGAGCUGGAGCAGGAGAGAGAGCAGCUGCGGCUCCAGAUGUGGGAGGCGUUCUGCCAGGUGCGCUCGCUCUGCUCUCACCUGCGAGGAAACGACAUCACAGACUCGGCACUGUCCACGGACUCCUCCAUGGACGAGUCAUCGGAGACGUCCUCAGCCAAGGACGUCCCCACGGGCAGCCUUCACGCCAGCCUUCUGGAGCUGCGCCGGCUAACGCAAAACCUCAUGGACGGCAAUGAGUCCACGGGCUCUCGGCGCAGCGAUGAGGAGGCGCUGGAGGACCAGGUACGGAAGCUCGGCGAGGAUCUGCGGGCCCUCAGGGAGCUGUAUGACGGCGAGCAAGACAGAACACGCAGCAGCAAGGAUGAGGCGCUGCAGCUCCACAACCAGGUGGCGCUGCUCUCAGUAGAGCUCAGCUCUCUGAGAGAGGAGAGCGACAGACUCCGGGCCAUGGCGGAAGUGCAGGAACCUAGCGAGCAGCUUCAGAGUGCCAUCAGAGACAGAGAUGAGGCCAUCGCCAAGAAGAAAGCAGUGGAAAUGGAGCUGGCCAAGUGCAAGAUCGACAUCAUGUCUCUGAACAGCCAGCUGCUGGACGCCAUCCAGCAGAAGCUAAACUUGUCACAGCAGCUGGAGGCCUGGCAGGAUGACAUGCACAGAGUGAUUGACCAGCAGCUAAUGGACAAGCACCAGGAGGAAUGGAGGGCUUCCCCAUACUCCUUCUCCGGGGGGUCAGGGGGUCGUGGAGGUCCCUCGGCCCCGCCCUCCAGAAGGCCCCGUCGCCAAGCCGACGGGGACAAGAAGCUCUUCUCCUUCUUCAAAAAGAACUGAACCUUUGAGGAGGAUGACCAGAGUGAGAGAGAAGGAGGGGGAGAGAGGGGGAGAGGGAAACAGUAGAGAGAGAGAGAGAGCUUACAGCAGCAGCAGACCAGGACACAGGCAACGCAGAUACCCAAAGAGUCAAACUGCAACACGGCAGGCAGAGAGAGGUCAACGCUACCCACAAACAGGAGCUGAUCCUAGAUCAGCUGAAAGACAUUUUUUGCACUUUAUUGGCUCUGUCAUUCUGCCGUCUGAUGAUUAUAAAGAUGACGGGGUGAGGUCAGAGAAGGAUAUGUGUCACAAAAACACUCCCAAGAUGCCUGGGCAACCUUAACACAAGCGAGUAAAGCUGUUCUCUCAAGGCAAAUUCAAUUGUUGGUUGCAAAUUUUGCCCGGGAGAGGUUAUUUCUCCAGUAAGUGCCUCCCCGGGAGUUGCAACCUCCUCCUUCCAAAAAAAGGCACAAGCCGACUGAGCCAUCCCCCUGCCCCAGCAACAUGCCCGGGGCUAAGAUGCUGCAGAAAGCCCGGCCGUCUCCUCAGGUCUGUUCAGAUGUUCAGUGGCGCACACUGAGGCCUUAACGUUGGUGUUCAGAGUAACGGUCAUUAACCUGCUUGCUCCACCGAUGUCCUGACUAUUAUUGAGCAGUUUGUAUCAGCUGGGUUCUUCUAGCAGAAAGGGAUAGUAUUAAUCCUCAUUCAUUUUCCUGGUUCUUAAAUUGAUUUCAUCCUAAAUCUGAACUCAGGAGAGUUGGCUUUAAGUUUGUGGGUCAUUAGUUCUGUUAUGCUAUGCGGGGUGGAUUAAAGAUUUAGUUUGAGUAGAGCCCAGUGCCCAGAGAGAGCAGGGUCUCCUUUUGACUGCUGCUGUAUCAGAAAAGGUGUUUUGAAUGCUUUAAACAGCAAUAGCCACCAUGAUGGCCAUGGUAGCCACGUGUAAAAAUGUUUCAAACAGUAGCCGAGCCAUCACCACGGAAACAGUCCUGCCAGCAGUCAAGCGAAAGUGCGUUGGUGUGGGGUGAAGCACCUGAACAAAAUCAUACGAGUUUUUCAGGUCACCAAGAUUGUGUUUCUCUGUCACUCAGCUAAAAGGAGCAACAGCCUAUUGACAGAGCAGUGGACAGGUUUCUCACUCCCAGAAUAGAGCGAGCAGCUCCCCCUACAGGAAACUGAAGCAAAGGCAGGAAGGCCAGUGGUGCAGUCACAACCGUGCCUCUUUUAGUCUCGUUUACUUAAGGUCAUAUUCUUGCUACGCAUAUUUUUUUGGAAAAAAGAAAGUGCAGUAGACCACGGUUACAGUCUGUAUCUUCAUUCAGCUGUACAUCUCACCGGCUCUACAUGGUUAAAGUUUGUGUAAUUAAGGGCUGCAGUGAAAGACAAGUAACCCCAUGGAUUAUCCCUCAGGUACCUGUUCAGAAUUAAGUUUUGAGUGGCAUUGGUCUGGACCAACUGGGCUCAGUGCUGCCAGGCCCUGACAAAUGGUUAGAAUGUGGGCGGGCCUCAGCAGGAGGUCUGAGUGAUUUGAAUACACAGAGGAACGGCUGAGGUUGGCUGCAGCAACAAACCGGACAGGAGCCAACCAAUUCACAGGUUUGCGUUGGCCUUAGAGUUCUGGAAUGAGACACUGGAACUGAAGGAGGGGGGUCAAUGCCUAGCAGCAGGACCUCGUUUAAUGAGCAUAUAUCUGAACUGACCAAAUCACACCUGAAUAUUGUUUACACUGAAGAAGGAAAUGUCCACCACUGUUACUAUAUCAGUGAUAGUUUUACUCCAUUGAGCGAGUGCUUCCUUAAAUGUUCUGUAGAUGUUUAUUAUGUUAAAUAAGGCCAUUUAUCCAGGCACAUAUAUUUAUGAUGAAGUGCUAAAUAAUUAAUGGCACAUAUGGAAGUAAAACUAAGUACACUAUCAGGUGUUUUCCAAUUAAUCCUGCUCAUGUGCCACAAGGAAUCCAUGUUUUUUGGAAGGAUUUGUCAGAAUGUAUGAUUCCCCGCUGUAUACAACACAUAAGAGAAUUACUGCCAUUCCCCGCUUCUAAGCCUAUGGACAGGGUUGUUCCAGUCCAGGAGAGGGCACACUAGAUAAUGUCUUGGUUGUGAGCUUCCAUUGAGUGUUGAUGUUUCUGCUGAAUGGCACCCCAGCUCUCCUUUCCUGGAUGGUUUUAGGGCCGGGGUGACUCAGAAACUGUGGACCCAGUGUGGGGGCAAGCCAUGCUGGGUGCACCUGAACAAAGCUAUGCAGGUGUCCUCUCCCUAUCUCAAUGGAGGCCGUUGUUGGCAAGGAUGAACCCAAAGAAUGAUUUUGUUUUUGGAGAAAAAAAAUCAAUAUAUUUAUACAGAUAUAACUUUUGAAUGAAAAAAAAAAAAAAAUAGUUAAUUUCCUAGACUGAUGUGUACAUGUGUCUUGUUACUGUUCUUUUGUUUUUCCAAGUAUAAAUGUUUACAAGGAGUAGAAUCUCUGCAUACAGGUGUCUGGUGGAGAAAGGAGAUUCUUCAAAUCCAGGUGUCCAUAGAGGUUUAUUUCUGGAUCAGCCCGUGGGAGUUGAGUUUGGUUCAAGCAUGUGACUGCACACUCGCAAUGGUGAAAACAUGAAGUAAAAUGUCUUCACUGUGCAAACAUGGCUUGAGAACAACCCACUUGAAACAGGGUUUAAAAAAUACAUCAUACAUCCACAGCUAGGGGCAAUUCAAAGAAUGUAGUGUUGAAACGUCAUUAUAAUGCAUAUUGAUUACUGUGAAAUCACAUGGUCCGAUUUAUAAUAAGCUACCCCGGGAGUUGGUUGGACUUGGUGCUUGUGACCUCAUCUAGUAGCUCUUUGGCUUUUACAAUAGCCAUUCUAUGAAAGGUACAGCACUGUUUCCACAACACAGGUUUUAGUGCUGCAUUUAGCUGGUUCCAGACCACAGGUGUUGGUAUGAGGUGUCACAGCCAAACCCUGCAGUUUUAACUGGUAACUUCACUCGAGUUAUUCUGGUGUGGCACAAGCUUCAAAGUGCUUUCCCACAUGAUGUCAGUGACUCCCUGUAAAGGUUGACUGAAACUAACACAUGUGGAUAAAAUGGAGUGCACAGGUUACCUGGGGGAGGGGGGGUGCUAUGCACACUUUUCAUGGGUGAUUCACAACACCAACAAAUCCCACGGGACUGGACAGGAAUCAAACCACUGUUCCCAUGGCAACAUUACAGCGCCUCAAGGUCACGGUCUCACACAGUACGACAAAAAUGUUUCUUUUUACUUCUAUUCAUGUUGCCGUCUUUCAUGUAAGUUGUCGUUGACUUGUAUGCUGUUUUUGUCUUAAUUUAAAGGCCAUUUUGAAACCUUUCUUCUGAAAAGUUUGUUUUAUGAAUCCUUUUAGCAAGUUGCUGUAUAUUUAUGUAGGCUACUCAUCUCCAGAAAUGCGGCGUUUCAUUUCACGUGCAUUUCCUUUUAGGCCGCAGUUCAGUUCUUACUUUAUUCGUUAAAUUCGUAAUGUGUCUGCAUGUGCAGGUGUCCUUGUGUGCAUGUGUGUAUUUUUUGUGUUCAUUCAUUAUUUGUGCUGUGCUGGCACAUUUUUGUGACAAACUUGAAAAGGAUUGGAAGAGAUAUAUUAUGGUUGUAUUCACAACAUAAAUGACACCCGUAGGCAGAGGUGGAAAAUCCAGGUUCAGAAAGUAAAAUUCCUCCACAGUAUUUUGUUCCAAUCACCUGAAUUGACUAAUUAGCAAUAUUCUUCUGCCAGGAGGUAUAGCCAAUUAGUGAAAUCAGCUGGCUGAGCUCAUGGGUGAAAAAAAGACAUGGCAGUUCACUUUCUGACCCGUGGACUUCCCACCUCUGGUUGUCACGGGAACCUUUGACUGACGGUCAAGGUGUGCUGUGCUUCCAGUACUCCCCAGCCACCGCGAGCACGUCCUCCUUUCUGGACCGACAAAAGACGACAUAAAAGCAUCAAUGGAAAUAAUUACACUGUACACUUUUCCUGGAUUAUGUCAUAUAAAAUAAUAAUUGUUGCCAGCCCAUUUAAUGUAAAAAUGGGGGCUAGAAUCACAGUGUUUAAAAAAAAAUUUAAAUUCCAUUUUGGCUUAUUUGAGUUCAGCAAAUGGUGUAAAAUUUUGAAAAUAAAAUAAUGAAUACAAAACAAAUGUUCAAAAUGUAAAAGUGGGAACCGGAUCACUGGAUGCCAGAAACAUAAAUUAUGAUUUUAGUACAUGUAUGUUUGAGUGUAUGUACAAGGCACAUACACAUUAUAAAUAUGCAUACACCACUUAUGAAUCAUUGUAUAUAGAAAAUUGAUCUAAUUCAGGCUAGUUUUCUAUAAGGAGAUGCUUUGAUAAACAAGUCCAUACUAUUUGUAUAUUAAAAAGGAAAUGAGAUCAUGAAUAUAUACAAGUGUAAUGUAUGGUUUAUAUGGAUAAUUACUAUUUUUCAGUAAUGGAAAGAUGAACAAAGCACUGUAAAUAACAGAUUUUUUACAGAGAAAUUUUCAUGGGAAGAAAAAAGUCCAAUGAAUGUUUCUGUGGAGGCCACUGUGACAAAAUAAAAACGAGAGAUGAAAUGAGUAA